GCUCGCCAGUAUGCCACAACACAGACGGACAAACUCCCUGAAAGACACAGUUGUCAUCUAGGUGGUCAUGAAAAGAAGUGGGGAAUUUAGAUAGCCUCGUAUCUAUUUUAGAAAUUGAAUUUGAAAUUUAAAGCUUUUCCAGAAGAAAGCUCCAGGCUCAGAUGGCUUCCCGGUGAAUUUUAUCAAAAAGUGAAGAAAGCAGUUAACAACCUAACACAAAUAUCCAGAUAUUAGAGGAGGAGGGAAUACUUUGCAACUCCUUUUAUAAGGUCAGCACGACCUUGAUAGCAAAACCAGACCAGGACGUUACAGGAAAAGGACAUUCAGAUCAGUUUCCCUCACACACAGAAAAUACUUAACACACUAGUAUUAAAUUGAAUCUAGUGAUAAAAGGAUGUUGCAUCAUGAUCAGAAAACUGGCAGAGGGUGAUGGGCCUGUGGCUGGAGGGGGUGCGGUGUCCAGAAGGUUUUCUAGGGGUAGUAGAAAGUGGCAUUUAAAUGACACGGGAGGGGCCAGUGUGGGGGGAGGCCUUGCUCUCAUCUGGGAGUCCUGGGAGCUCCUGCACACCCUUGCUCAGUGGGGGCUGUCCACAUGUCCGCUGUCCUUGUCUGGUGUGAGAGGCUGUGGGUCCAGACACCGGGUCUUUCUCAGGUUGUAUAAGGUACGUUUGGGACGUAGAAAUCCUCUUUUCUUUUCCACAAAACCUGACUUGAGGCUUUCUCCUCUUGAAGCAACCUUAUGCUGACUUGGCAGUCUGGGGGGAAAUAAUGACUUUGUUUGGCCUGGAGCCCCAGCCCCUGCACCAAGUGCCCUUGACGCCGCGUGGUGUUGGGGCUGAAGGGGAUGGAGGACGUGUUGGCUCCUUGUUUGGACUGUAUCUCGUCCCAAGAGGAUCAGGAGAUGAUCCCACUGUUGCCUCACGGCUGCCGAGAAGCUCGACCAAGAACUUCAGAGCCAGGAAACAGUGCUGAGUUCACUUUCCCUCCUGAGUAGUUAGUUGGCAGAGUGGGUGUUGGCGUGGGCUCCGCGGUGGUCCCACUAACCAGGGCCCGAAAUCCACACCCUGGCAGGACUCUGUGAGCACAGGUCUGCGUGUGAUUGGUCCGCACGGCCCUUGUGCCUGGUCAGGGGAGCCUUCAGUUAGGUCCAGUAACGGUCAGUGUUCCAGACACUCAGGGCUCACAGCCUUCUUUCCAAGGGAUGUGUGGUCAACAGGCGGCCUCCAACUGCCAGCGCCUCAGAGCCCGCCUGGAGUCCACGGGGCCUGGGGGCUGUUGGGGGCACCUGAGCUCAUCUCCUGCGGCCCCACUGCCCCUCCUUCCUUAAGUGUGCAUCCCAGGGGUGCACCCUGACAUCUGUCUGCACACCAGACACUGGCCCAGGUUCUGGGGGACCCUGCUGAUCCCGCAGAGUGCGGAGCCACAUGAGAACCAUGGGAGGGCUGAUGGCUCAUGGGGAGGGACACCACAAGUCACGCAGAGUGAAGGCAGAGUCCCCCUGAGGCCUGUGCACACCACAGGGCGUGGAUGGCCCACCCUGCACCUCAGCCCAGUGCUCUGGCUGUUCCUAGGAGGGGCUGGAGCAUUCCCGUCUCGGCCUGAGCUGCCCUCCCCACAAGCCCCAUCCCCAUUUCUCCCAUCCGCUCCCUGUGUUCUGCUUGGCAGCCCCCUCGGCCGGAGGUGUCGCUCUGUGGGUGCUGGCCCUGGAGGCAAGGUCUGUGGGUGGAGUGGGUGGUCCGGCGCCGGCGGGGGGGGGCUGGCUCUUUAAGGGCGGGCGACAUCACAAGGCCGCGGAAGGCCAGACAGCCGUGGAACUCCAGGACCUUGGGCUGUUUCUGGAGCGCCUGUGGGCUCUGGAUUUCCACCUCCAUGGGGCCGCAGGCCCACACGUGAGCACGUGAAGACGUGGCCAUGGCCGAGGGCAGCGAGCUGAUGAACAGGCUCAUGAGUGAGAACGCAGACCUGAAGAAGCAGGUGCGCCUAAUGAAGGAGAACCAGAUGCUGAAGCGUCUGCUCAGUGAGAGCUGCCAGGAGCGCUGUGGUCUCGGAAGCCGAGACCUCCUCUUCACCAAGGUGCCCACCUACCCCGAGGACUGCUCCCCUGGGAGUGCAGGUCUGAGUAAACCAAGACCCGGUUCCCCAUUCUGCUGUGUGUCCUCAGUUGCAGACUUUGGAAGGUUCUCCAGUGCCCCUGAUGCACCCUCCCAGCUGCAGACGUCCUCCCUGGAGGACCUGCUGUGCUCGCACGCCCCCAUCUCCAGUGAGGACGAUGUCUCCCCUGGCUAUGCAGCCUCCACCCAGGUGCCCGUCAAGGCUUUCCUCAGUCCCCUCGAGCUGCGUGUACCCCGAGGCACUGACAGGAAGCUGUCCCCACUCCUGAGCCCCUUGCAGGACCCGCUGGCGGACAAGACCCUGCUGGAGCCCAGGGAGAUGGUCCGGCCCAAGAAAGUGUGCUUCUCGGAGAGCAGCCUGCCCUCUGGGGACAGGACCAGGAGGAGCUACUACCUUAACGAGAUCCAGAGCUUCUCCAGCCCUGAGAAGGAUGGGCGCAUCGUCGGGGAGAUUGCCUUCCAGCUGGACCGGCGCAUUCUGGCCUAUGUCUUCCCGGGGGUGACCCGGCUCUAUGGGUUCACCGUGUCCAACAUCCCUGAGAAGAUCAAGCAGACGUCCAUCAAGUCCCUGGACGGGUCGGUGGACCAGAAGAAGCUGCAUGAGCUGACGCACCGCUACCUGACGCUCACGGCGCGCCUGGAGAGGCUGGGCUACAACCGGGACGUGCACCCGGUGUUCAGCGAGUUCCUCAUCAACACCUACGGCAUCCUGAAGCAGCGGCCCGACCUGCGUGCCAACCCGCUGCACAGCAGCCCGGCCGCGCUGCGCAAGCUGGUCAUCGAUGUGGUGCCCCCCAAGUUCCUGGGCGACUCGCUUCUGCUGCUCACCUGCUUGUGCGAGCUCUCCAAGGAGGACCACAAGCCGCUCUUCGCCUGGUGAGCCCGCCCCGGCGCGCGCCGCGCCUUUCCUGCAAUAAACGUGUUUGUUCCAAUCCCGGGGGCCGCGUGCCUCCUGCGUGUCCCCUCCGGCCGGGGGAAGAGCCGCGUCCGCCGACGGAGCGCCCAGGGCCGCAGGCGCUGGAGCAGGCGCCUCUCUCGGCCCGGGCCACGCACCCCAGGCGCCCAGCCCGCCCGCCGCCCACACCUGCGCGGCACUGUCGCACUUUAUUAAAAUAAUCUA